AUGCUGGCGGCAGAGGCGCGCAGCAGGUCGCGAGAGGCCCCCGGGGAUGCGUUCAUGCGCGCUUCCCGGCCCCACGAGGGCGAGGCCGGCGGCGAAGCAGGGGCGAGGCUUCAGGGGGGCGCGCAGGCCUUUGUGUCCAGGAAGAAGCAGCGGAAGCUCGAGCUCGCUAAGCUCAAGAUCGAAAGCCAAUUGAAUUCCAAGACCGAUUUCAAGCAGCAGAGGCUCUACAUGGAGAUAUCGAACUCUAAUUCCGCCCUCGCCAGCGGACACGCACUGCGGCGCGUGCCAGGAGUAUUCAAGGUUCGUGACGUUGUCUCGUUCCACUUCCACGGCGUCGCUGACGACGCGUACAUGAACGGGACUAAGUCUAUCAAUUCAGAUUUGGACAUCUGCAACUAUGGUCACGAGGUGCAGUUUCCUUGGCUAAGACGGGGCCUCAAGAAGGAUGCACAGGAGGAUUUGGAGGACGAGCGCAAGAGGAACGGCAAAAAAGCAUGGGAGCAGUUCGCCAACUCCCAAAACGGCGGCGGCAAGCUGAAGGCCGAGGACACUCCUGGCACGGAUGCGUACGUGAAGAAGCGGGAGAAAUUCAUUGCUGCAGGUGUCAUCGAAGAGGUGAACCCAGGCAAUUGCACCGUGAGCAUUGUUGUGGCCGGCAUUGAUGGCAAGCUCGGGAGUUCGAGGGGCCCUCUCACUCACAGGAAGGGGGAGUGGUCCUACGAGAGUGACGGGCACCCCAGAGGCUUGAAAGCAGUGCUGUACAAGAACGUGCCCAUGGAGAAGGUUAAGUUGUUGGGCUACGAGAAGGCCGUCGUGCCCUACGACCACCCCCCGCCCACCAAGUACAAGCCGAUGCCCGGGCACUACGGGGGCAGCGAGUUCUUGGCGUAUGACGUCAAGAAGGACGUUCCCGCGCAGCUGGUGCCCAUGCUGGAGAGCAGGGCGGAUUGCGAGCUCACCUGGCAGAAGUUGACCGCCCUCCAGGUCCCCCCGUCGGCAGCGUCGUCCACGAGCUUUGUCCUGGUCGACGGCCCCGCCCCCACCGAGGGCAGCUUCGAGCUCGUCGACGCCGAGCGCUUCGAGGUCGCGUCCGCCGCCUGCGGUAGCGGCGGCAGUGCCAGCUGGGAUCUGGUCUCGCAGGCGGCCGCGUCGAGCGGCUGCGGCAGCUUCGAGGUGCUCAGCGUCGUCUCGGGGCCCGCGAGCUCCCUGAGCCACUCCUUCCACGUGGUGCCCUCGGGCCUCGGCGCCGCCGCGCCGGACGAGCACCAUGGCGACCCUCGCGAGGCGAGCUCGGGCGCCUGGGACCGCGUCGCCGCGCGGAGCCUCCUCUCCCUGCGCGGCCCUGCCGCGGGCCCCGCACUCCCCGCGGACGCGGGCGGCAGCUGGCAGGUCCUGCAGAUGCUGUGCAGGCUGAACGCGCCGGUGCGCGGGGCCGUGAUGUCCAUCCAGGCGUUCGGCGCAUUCGUCAGCGUCGACGCCACGCCGGGCAGCCUGGCGGCGCGGAACCGGCGGCUGCUGUGCGGCGGCGGGGCCGAGCGGAGGGCCAAGGGCAAGGGCAGGGGCAAGAGCGAGCACGGCGCGGAGCGGGCCGGGACCUUUCAAGAUGGGCUCCUGCCGGUGUUGCCCUACAUGCGGCCCCACUGGCCGCCGAGUGCCAGCAGCGGCGCGGCCGAGGGCCAGAGGGACACAUCCGUCAUGGUCAACGGCAAUGUUCUGGAGCAGCUGGGCCGCCAGAGGGACGCUGUCCUGGGUCCUCCCGAAGUGACCGUGUACAUCGCCGAGGUGGACAUGGCCCGAAAGCGUGUGAGGCUCUCCUUGCAGCCGCGCCUGAGCUUCGACGACCUGCAGGUCGGCGGCAAGCACGAGGGCAUCGUGGUGGACGCGGCGCGAUUCGGCCUGCGCGUGGCGCUGUCCGACGACCUUGUGGGCUUCCUGCCCAGGGAGCGGCUCGGGGUCGGAGCCUUCGCGGAGGGCGUGGCGGACGACGGAUGGUACAGGCGCAGCGUCUACAGGCGCGGAGAUCGCGUGACCGUGUGGGUGCUGCGCAAGGCCCUGUCGGUGGACGAUGCCGGCACCGAGCCCCGCCCGCGGAGCGGGUGCAGGAUCGAGCUCACCAUGGACAAGUACACCCGGGAGCUGCGCGAGCACUUCUUCAGGGACAGCCUCCGGGUGCUCGACCCCGGCGCGUGCGGGCGCGCGCCCGCCCGCGCUUCGCGGGAGGCGGCCGCCCCGGGCGGCAGCACGGCCAUGAGCCUGCAGCUCGAGAAGGCAUUCGACGAGGAGGACACAUUCUUCCUCAUCAAGAACAACCGCAUCAUCCAGGACGCCGAGUCGGAGUACCCCGAUGUGACGAUCGACUAUCGGACGGACCCGCCACCGCCGCCGUCAGCGGAGGCGAGGGAGGAGAGUUUUGAUUUUAGCCUCAUCGAGGGCUGGGCCGUUCAGAGGAUCUCUGAGGAGUACAAGCAGCUCACCGACAGGCAGCUUGCGUUCGAGAGGGGGGAGACGGCGGCGAAGCGACUAAGCUCGCAGGAGCAGAAACUGUUGGCCGUCCUGCAGAAGCAGGUCGAACAUUGGGGCAAAGAGUAUUACGAGCGCGUCAGCAAGAAGGUGGAGGCGCGCAGGAAAUUCAUAGAAGAAGUCCAUCAGAAGAUCAAGGCAGAACGAGACAAAUACCCUUACAAAUCGAUCAUCGACUUGGCCAAAUUCCGAGAGCUCACCGACCGCAUCAAGGAGAAAGGGUACGACAACCGCUGUUGUUUCGUGACCCGCCUUUCCUACAAGGAGGACGUGCUCGGCGUUGGUCUCGAGAUCGUGCCAGAGCUUGACACAGGCCGCAAGGUGUUUAGGUGCUCUUUCGAUCUGCUGUCGAAGGAGGCCUUCAAGGACUUCGGGAUCCGUUCGGGCGUGUGGAAGGAGAAGGUCGAGUUCUGGCUCCCGCUGGCUAUCGACGCCGGCCACUUCAGGCGGGCCCUGCCGUACCUCGCGCAGUGCUUCCUGGAGUUAGGCGACGGCCGCGUCGAGAAGCAGACCCGCAGCUACGGUACCCAGGCGGGCAGCGCCAGGUACGACUUGCGCGCCCAGCUGCGGGAAGUCGAGCGCCAGGGCAAGAAGAUCAUCAGCCUGGACGAGUACCGGAAGCAGCAGGCCGCGCGGAGCCAGAGGCCCGCGGCCGCCGGGGCGGCGGCGCGGGGCCCCGCGGACCCCGAGGGCGGCGUGCCGCCGCCGCGGCCGCCCGCGAGCCUCACGGAGGCCGACGUCGCCUUCGGCCUGGAGGUCCUGCCGAAGCUCAUGAACCUGCAGACCGUGCAGCUCAUGAAGGGGGACCUCCACCUGUCCACCAAGGCGCUCGAGGGUUACAUGGGUUUCCACCACCUCUUGCUGUCGAUCCUGCGGCAGUACCCGAGCCUGCAAGAGCGGGUGGAGACGAGGAUCGGAGCGUUCAUGCGCUCGGAGGAGGCCCGCUCCAAGAAGUAUUGCCCGAACAUUGGGGAGUUCCUCUGCCUCUUCGCCGUCUCGAAGAGGCACACGUGGGACGACGUCUCUGCGGCGGUCUUGAAGGAGACCCUGGCCCGCAACGCCAGCUGGGCCCUGGACAAGUACCCGUCGCUUGCCGACUACAGCAUCAGUGCCGAGGCGCGUCUGGAGAGGACCUUCAAGGCGAGCGUCGUGUCGAUCCGGCUUUUGUGCUUCAACGUGUGGUUCCUGCGCCACGUCGUGUUCAAGAGGUACGGCCCCGAGGCCGCCUCCGCGGACAUCAUCGAGGCGGAGCUGCAGGGCGGACCGGGCAAGAGCUGCACGGACAUGCGCUGGGAAGAGUACGAGGAACAGAAGGGCGUCCCGAGGCCGUCAGAGAUCGAGCUGCUCCAGGAGCACGUGAGGAGGACUAUUCAUGGCGAGGGCCUCAACAGCUGGGCCGAUUAUUUCACGAGCCUCAAUAUGCAGCCCCUCAAGCCAUACGAGCUCUCGCAGCUGCUCAUCAUGUCCCUGCACGAGGCGGUUCGGAUGGGGUAUAUUCCACUGUGGAAGCUGCGGCCAAAGGCUCCCGCUGCGAAGGGCUCGCAGGCCAACGACUACAUGGGAGCAGACAUGGACAAGUACGACUCCGUGCACACCGCCAAGGGCGGGGACAAGUAUUGA